GCGGCACAGGUAUAAAGCAGGCGGGUGGGGCGGGCAUGCGGCAUCCACGUCUAUUGACUCGCAUAUCCCGUUUGAAGCUUUCUCUUCUCCUGCCUUUUCCAUACUCUUGUUUUAAAUCUACAUUUGUGCCAGAGAACAUGUCCAACUACAACUACAAUAACAACCAGGGCUACGGUCAGAACCAGGGCUACGACCAAAGCUACAACCAGGGCUACAGCCAGAACCAGGGCUACAACCAGGGCUACGACAACAACCAGAGCCAAGGCUAUGGCCAGAACCAGGGCUACGACCAGGGGGCCACAGCCAGGGCCACCGCAACGACGAGUACCACGGCGAGGGCGGCGCCGACGACGAUGAUGGCGAGGAGGGCGAGCGCGGCAUCAAGGACUUCUUCUACAAGAAGCAGGAGCCCGGCUAUGGCGGCUAUGAGCCGGAGCCAGAGCUGAGCGUAAAUGGGCAAGGUUCUGCUUGCUGGCGCUGCGGUUGCUGCUGCUGGCUUUGCUGCCAAGAAGCACUUUGACAAGAAGAAGCGCGAGGAGAAGCUCGAGCAGCAGG